AUGGCCGAAACCGCAACUUCUCCUGCCCCUGCGGCAGAAAACAAGCAGGCUCAUGUCCGUCCUACUAAACCUGACGAGGAGAUCUUUAAGAAGGAGCUCGCAAAGGCUGAGAAGGAGCACAAGGCUUCAAUGGACCGCCUGGCUGCUGUGAAAGCUAAGAUUGAUAUUGCUAUGCCCAACAAGAACAAGGACCAGCCCAACCCUACCCAGCAACGACGACAAGAGCUCAUUGCUCAGGCCAACGAGAUUCGACAGAAGCAGGCCGGCGGAAAGAACGCCCGCACUGGAAAGCUCGAUCAGAUCAAGCGCCUUGAUGAGCAGGUCCGAAGCCGAAUUGCCGAGCAGAAGACAGCAAAGGCCAAGGUUCCCUACAAGAGCCUUGAGGAUGUCGACCGCCAGAUUGCCACUCUUGACAAGCAGGUCAACUCCGGUACCAUGAAGCUUGUCGACGAGAAGAAGGCCCUUUCAGACAUCUCUAGCCUCCGCAAGAUGCGCAAGAACUUCGGCCAGUUCGAGGAUUCUCAGAAGCAGAUUGAUGACCUCCGCGCCAAGAUCAAGGAGAUAAAGGAUAGCAUGGACGAUCCCGAGCAGCGUGCCCUUUCUGAUCAGUACAACAAGAUCCAGGCUGAGAUCGACACCAUCAAGGCUGAGCAGGAUGAGGCCUACAAGAGCCUCUCCACCCUUCGUGACGAGCGAACCAAGCUGCAAGCUGAGCAGCAGGAGAAGUACACUGAUAUCCGCAAGUUGAAGGAUGACUAUUACGGACAAAAGAAGGCUUACCAGGCCUAUGACCGCGAGGCUCGUGAGGCUCGCCGUGAAAAGCAAAGGGCAGAGCAAGAGCGUUACCACCAGGAACGUAAGAAGGCCGAGGCCGAGCGCCGCCUGGGCGAUGCCAGUGACCCUGCCUACCUGGAUGAAAUCCGCCGUGCCAACAGCCUGCUCCAGUUCCUCGACCCUAAUCACAAGGUCGAGAAGGGCCCUCUCAUGGCCGAUACUGGUCUCGGUGCUCAGGCCCAGCGAAGCGUUGAUGAGUCUGGCCUCAAGGGCACUAAGCUCCUUCGCAAGGAGGACCGUGAGGAGGAGUACGCCCCCGCUAUCAAGAAGGGUAAGAAGGGCAAGAAGGCCAGUGCCGGUGCCUCAUCCAACAAGUUCAGCGUCCCCCCUGCCGUUGUCGAGGACUGUGCUGCCAUGGGCAUUGACCCCCCUAUGAGCUCCGCCGAUAUCCCUGCUGUUGCCGAGAAGGUCCGAGCCAAGCUUGACUUCUGGAAGAACGACCAAGAGGCCCAGACCCAGCGCAACAUCGAGAAGGCCAAGAAGGAGAUUGCUGAGCUGGAGGCCGCUGAAGCUAAUGGCGACAAGGUCGAGCAGGCUACCUCUGAUUUGAAGGAGACUUCUAUUGCUGACAAGCAGGAGUCGUAA